GCCGCGUUGUCCACGACUUAGCUUUCCCAUUGAUUAUUGACAACCUUCAAUCUUUGCGGAACUCCAAGCUGCAGAUAUGCGGUCGUCUCUCAUAUGUUAUACGCUUUUAGCGUAUAUCGCCGCUUUGACGUCGGCGACUGCUCUCACCUACAAGCUCGCUCCAAACGAGAAGGCCUGCUUCUUUACUUAUAACGAGCAGAAGGGUGCAAAGAUGGCAUUUUAUUUUGCGGUGCAAACUGGAGGAUCGUUCGAUGUCGACUACAGUGUCGCUGGUCCUAAUGACAAAGUUAUUCUGGACGGCUCCAAGGAACGCCAAGGCGACUUUGUCUUCACCGCAAAUGAGGUUGGCGAAUACAGAUUCUGUUUCAAUAAUGAGAUGUCAACGUUUGCAGAAAAAAUGGUGGAUUUUGAGAUUGCUCUUGAGAACGAGGCUCGCGCACAGCUUCCUGCCAAGCAGGGCACCUCUCCCGAGCAGACCUCUGUCCUAGAAGAGUCAAUCAUGAAGCUCUCGGCCCAGCUCUCAACCAUUAAUCGCAACCAGAAAUACUUCCGGACACGAGAGAACCGAAAUUUCAGUACCGUCAGAAGCACCGAACGAAGGAUCUUCAAUUUCAGCAUUAUUGAAAGUUUGAUGAUGGUUACCAUGGCUGGCCUACAAGUCUUUAUCGUCCGGUUCUUUUUCCAGGGAGCAAGAAAAGGCUAUGUAUGAUUUCUGGUAUAAAUGUUUUGCCGUCCGGGAAAAUGCAUAUUAUACAAUAAUGAUUUACGCAUUCAGGACUUUGCAUGUCCUUUGAUCAUUAAUCCUCACUUCAAGUGCAAUAAAAACGAAAUUUUAUACGACGCUCCUUUCAUCCUACUUUGGCAUGUACCAGUGUUUCGCGACGCAGAAGCGUGUUUCAAUG